AGUACAGGCUUUUUCUACCAACAAUUCAUUGCGCGCCACGUCCUCAAUAAGAAAAGUAAGAACGUGGAAGUGGUUAGCUAUCAAAAAUGAAUAUUUUUCGGCUUAUUGGUGAUAUGUCCCAUCUUUUAGCAAUAGUUUUACUAUUGCUAAAGAUGUGGAAGACGCGAUCAUGCGCUGGUAUAUCUGGAAAGAGCCAGAUACUUUUUGCCCUGGUGUUUGCAUCCCGUUAUUUGGAUCUGUUUACUGCCUACAUAUCACUUUACAACUCCAUUAUGAAAGUGUUCUUCAUUUCAACAUCUCUUCUGACUGUAUAUCUCAUGUACUUCAAAUUCAGAGCAACGUAUGAUUCAAACCAUGACACUUUCAGAGUGGAGUUUCUAGUAGUUCCUGUUGGUGGCUUGGCCUUCUUGGUUAAUCAUGAGUUUAGCGCAUUGGAGAUUCUAUGGACUUUCUCAAUCUAUCUUGAAUCUGUGGCAAUAUUGCCUCAGCUGUUCAUGAUGAGCAAGACUGGUGAGGCUGAGACCAUCACUUCACAUUAUCUCUUUGCUUUAGGUUCCUACAGAGCUCUGUACAUUCUAAACUGGGUGUACCGCUACUACUUUGAAGGGUUUUUUGAUUUGAUAGCUGUAGUCGCAGGCUGUGUCCAGACCAUUCUCUAUUGUGACUUUUUCUAUCUUUAUAUAACCAAAGGUUUUGGCAAGGAAAGUGGUUUUGAAAGGAAAGAAGCUCAGCUUACCAGCAUAGAAGUAGUAUAAGUCCAACCUGUGCAGUCAUCUAUUAUCAAGGAAGUUAAAGAUUUCAGGGUCCACUGACAGUUGGAACACUUUAGUUUGAAACAUUACUAUCACUUUUGAUCACUAGUAUUUAGUAAGAAAGGGUGUACUCUUAAAAUGAUUAAUUUAAAAGAAUUAAAACUUUUUGUAACUGUCAUUAAGAGAAAAGUGAAGGUUUUGUAUUCUUGUUCAGUAUGAGUAUUCACAUUUUUAUCAAAGCUAAAAAUUGUUUUGCUUUCUGUGCUGUAUUUUUAACUGCCAAUCUUUUAUUUUAUUAUUAAAAGGCUCUUCUUAAUUAAACGUGGAUAUUGAUUUGGUAACUUGCUACAUCUUGGUCUUUUUUUUUUAAAGAUAUUAGUUUUGAUUUUUUUUUAGGAUUAUUUCACACUAUACAUGAAUAUUGAAUACAAGAAGUAAAUUACAAAUAUAACACUUAAAUUGAGUUCAUAUCUAGCAGCCAUUGUCAUCACAUUUUUUCAUCUUAAAAAUGUGGUUUUUACAUAUUAGUUCUGUUAUGUGAUAUUUUUUCAGUAUUUAGCUAUAUAUACUAGACAACUUGAUGUGGAAAACAUCAACAUUUGAAAUAGCAAACUGUAGUAGUUAACUGUAAAUUUGUGUCCAUAAAUCUAAGUCAAAUGAGCAGUUAUAUUGGUAAAAUUUUAUUUACUCUUUAAACUACUGUUGUCUGGCACUACCAUGCUAUCUUAAAUAUCUUUAAGUUGUAUGUCAAAUUGGAACAAACUUUAUUUAGGUUAGUUUUUUUCUUCAAUGUACGAUCUGCUAUUGAAUGCAAACUGUCAUCUAAUAAAUAUAUCUGGCUAAAGUAAGUAAUCAUUGAGAUGAUUUUUUUCAGUUUUGUAUUUUGUUAUAGUAAAAUUAUUUUAAGUUAUCAUUUUAUAGAACGUAAGAAUUCUAUAUGAAAAGCUGUGGAAUUCUCUAACGCUUUUAAUGAAUGAAUCUGAAUGUUUUCUUGUACAUUGUCCUGUACAAUAUGCAUGAAUUUGUAUGUUAAUAUUUAUUUGUGUUACUAGCUAGAUGAGUUUUUUUAAUUCUCAUUUGUAAAUAUAACAUUUUUACUUUCUGCAAGUAUUUCUUUGGGGUUAGGUGUUUGCUAACAUUGAUUAUGUCUGUAUCAUGGACAUGCCCAAGCAUCUACAUCCAUAACAUAACAUUGGCUAGUUAACCAGACUGCAAGAGGGAAUGUCUGUUUAUUUCAACAAAUGUGGGGGUUAGUGUCAGCUUGGUUCUCAUUACUAAGUUGUACUUUUUGUGUUUGAUGCCAUCUGUUCAGUAUAUUGCUCUUAGAGGGUCCCAUUACUGUUUUUAAGAGCAUCAUAUUCAUGAAGAAAACCAACAUGUUCAAAAACUGGGUCAGAUCUUACACUUGCAUGUUUUGAUACUGACCUAGUCUGAUUUUUACCUUAAAUGCAUCUUAAAAUGUCUGUAUAUUGUGUGUAGCACUAUCUGCAAGCAAAGGUUGAAUGAUGCAUGCAUAAGCUGAAUGCAUGGUGGAAUUUAGUUUUUAUUGCCUAUUUCUCAAAGGGAGAGUUUUGGCUGGUAAUUGUGGCGUUAGUACCCAUUAUUGAAUUUAUUGUUACAUAAUGUAUAAUUAAAAUAUUUAACAUUUU